GUACUCACAGCCUCUCUCUUCCCUCCCUUAUAAAGCGAAGAUAGCUCUCUCUCUGUCUCUCGCUUGCUCUUGCUGUCUGUGGAUUGUCUAGCGUGGUUUGAACAAAUUUCUAGCAUCGCUCACCACCAGAUCCUUGAGAAUUUCUAAAGGAGAUCUGAUCUCUCGUUCCAUGGAAGACCGCAAAGAGAAGAACGCACCGUGGCUAUCAGUUCCCCAGUUUGGGGAAUGGGACCAAAAGGGGCCAUUGCCGGACUACUCCCUGGAUUUCUCAAAAAUCAGAGAAAUGAGGAAACAGAACAAGAGGGAUCCGUCAAGAGCCAGUCUUGGAAAUGAAGAAGAGCUCGUCCCCUCGGCCACUACUGCCACAAACACUGAAAUCAACGAUCAUCAACAUUACCACCAGAACCAUUCCCCCACGACGAGGAGGGGCAUUCUCAGCUACUUCAACUGUUGCGUGAAGGCUUGAGGAGGCGGCGCUGCAGCAACUUCAUGUGUUAUAUAUAUGGUCUAGUAAUGGUUUUCCAUUGUAAAAUUGCAUGGCUAGGAACAUUGAUGAUGAUGUCUUUGUGGGUUGUGGUCCAGCCAGGAUGAUGCUUCUUUUUCUUCUGUUGAAAGGGUAUUCUGUUGA